GUGCCAAAAUGUCCUGGACAACAAUAAAAACAAACAAAUGGAGGACAGAAAUUUUGUGAAAACUUUCUUAUUAAAUUGUUUCUUCUAUAUUUAUUCUGUAAAUUAUAUUUUCCAAGUUGCAACAUGUCUAAGAUGUCGUUGCAACCCAUGCAACGAAGAUCUUCUGAACACGACCUGCGAAUUGAAAUUAGGCGGAAUGUGUUUCACGUCAGUUCUACUAGAACCGGACGAGACAGAAAUUUACAUGUAUGGAUGCAUGGCUCCAGCAGAUGAUGAUGAAACUGGGGUUAUCCUACAAUGUAAAGGUAGUUCGUUCCCUCACGAAAUCCCCAAAGCAAUUGAAUGCUGUAACAAUGAAGAUCUCUGUAAUGAUCAUCUUAAUCCGAUUCCUCUGAUAAAAUUACAAGGCGAUCAAGGAGAUGUGGAUUCCACAAAACUAAUCCAAGUGGUUUUACUGUGUAUUGGGAUUUCAGUGAUCUCGAUCAUCAUUGUAACUAUACUCUUCUUUAUAAAAUUCAAGAAGCACGAAAAGUGCAUGAAAUUUCUUAAAGAUCGAGAGGAUUGUUUGAACUUUGACUCUGAGGUCAACAACAUCAACGAGGUGGCGGGUGUAGGGGGUGGUAUAGGGGGUAGUGCGGGUGGAUGCGGAGGUGCCAGUUCUGGUAGUGGGUCUGGUCUACCUUUGUUGGUCCAAAGGACAAUAGCCAAACAAAUACACUUGGUGCAUAGCAUUGGGAAGGGUCGAUACGGGGAAGUAUGGAAAGCCAAGUGGAGGGAUGAAAAUGUGGCCGUGAAAAUCUUUUUCUCCACAGAGGAGGCCAGCUGGUCCAGGGAGAUUCAACUAUACCAAACCGUUCUGCUGAGGCAUGAAAAUAUUUUGGGUUUCAUAGCUUCAGACAUCAAGGGCACUGGUUCAUGGACUCAACUGUUCCUUGUCAUGGACUACCAUGAGUAUGGCUCCCUCUACGACUACCUUCACCAACAUACUCUUGACCUAGUUACGUUAAUAAAGAUGGCCGUUUCGGCUAUCAGUGGCUUGACCCAUUUACACACUGAAAUUCACGGGACACAGGGCAAGCCAUCAAUAGCUCACAGAGAUAUAAAGAGCAAAAAUAUACUGGUGAAGAAGAAUCUAACCUGUUGCAUUGCUGAUCUGGGAUUGGCCGUUCGAUUUAUUAGUGACACAAAUGAACUGGACAUCGCCCUGAACACGAGACAGGGUACGAGGAGGUACAUGGCCCCAGAGGUCCUCGAUGAAAGUAUGGAGAAGGGUCACUUUGAAUCUUUCAAGCAAGCUGACAUGUACUCCAUGGCUCUGGUUAUGUGGGAGCUGGCCUGGAGGUGCAACGCAUUUGGUCCGGUGGAAGAAUACCAGGCCCCAUAUUACGAUAUGGUCGGAGGCGAUCCGAGCUUCGACGACAUGAAAAGGGUCGUCUGCGUGAACGGAUCACGACCCCACGUCAUGCAGAGGUGGAUGCUUAAUGAGAUAAUGAGGUCAUACACGAAUAUUAUGAUGGAGUGCUGGAGUGUCAUUCCGGCAGCCCGUUUGACCUCGCUAAGAGUCAGGAAGUCCCUUACAAAGUUGAAAGGUCAACUUAGAGAUGUUGAUGCCCUGGAGAGAGUCUAAUAAUGAUGCUGCUGCUGAUGAUGAUGGUGAUGAUUGGGAUGAUUAUGGUGAUGAAGAGAGAAGAAAUAUGCAAAUAGCAGUUAAACAGUGUUUAAAUUAGUUUUAUAUAUGUAUGUACGCUCAUAUUUAUGUAUGUAUGUGUGUAUGUAUGUAUGUGUGUUUGUUUGUAUGAAUGUAUGUAUGCAUGUAUGCUGGCUUGUUUGUUUGUCUGUGUGUAUGAAUGUAUGUUUGUAUGUAUAUAUGUAUGUUUGUGUGUAUGUCGGUUUUCUUUUUCUAAUUAUUUUCAUUUUUCGUGUGCAUAUAUCAUUGUAAAUAGGUAAAAUAACUACACAAUAUUAACGACCUUGCAUGAUAUAAUUACUAUAAUCAUUAUACUACUACUACUACUACUAC